UCUUUGGAGUCCCUAGGGCCACGAUAGUGGCCACCUCAGGGUCAACGCUCGGACGGCUAUCAGUCAUUGGAAGCGCUAAAGGCGGAGGGGUGCAAGCAUUAAUGAGGCACUCCACUAGCCCUCCACAUUACUUGAAGAUGGGUAAUGUAAACAGGCGUCGAAUUUACCGGGCCGUUCGGCUGAAGAGGCGAUCGAUUGCUCGCGGAAGUCAGCAAAGCCACGGCAACACAGAUCUGAAUAGGAAACGGCAAGUGAGGCGUUUUUAGAACCGUUGUUACAGCAAAAAUCGGCGUGCCCGAUUCGGAUGGCGAUGAAAGUCAUGUGAUCGUCCAAAAAUGGCAGCGACUUAGUGCGCAGAUCGCAAGCGGCUCAACUGUUGAGCAGCAAGUCAGGACGUGGUCCGACGUCCCACAGAUGCAUGGCAUGCUCAUAGCCGAACCCCGCCUUAUCAGCAGUAGCCUCAUGGAAUAUCCGCCUUUCUCGGGCAAUUCACAACACUCCUUCCUAACACCAUCGCUUCCCCUCGAAUGCCCUGUAGCGAGAGGGCUCUUCCAAUUUUCUCCUGACACCCUCUGCCCCGCUCGCUACAAUAACGCCUUGCCGCUACCUACCUCCCAACAUGGAUCUGAUAGCCUAAUGACCAUUCCCUAUGGAGCAACGGACGCACUCGAAAACCGCCUGCAAAGACGGUGUGAAAGCGGCAAUUUGGAAUAUUUGACGUGUUUUUGAUAGCGAUUUUUAAGGGUGUUUCUUUGGCGUCGUUUUUGAGGCCAAUUUUUGAGGCCGUGUUUUGGAAGUCACGGACUUAAAUAGACGCAAACCCUCAGGCAGGCUCAGGCAAACACGUUAGUUGUCCAUGCAAGGGGCGGCUACUUGAUAUCUGCACCACUCCAAGA